AUGGCAACAAAGGCCAAACACCUUCCACAUGAGCGGCGGAAAGGCGAGACGGCCUUGAGCGAAUUCGCAGACUACGUCGAGAAACAACAGAAGCUGCGAUACCCACCCGGCGCAUCAACCGUGUCCACAGUCGUUGAAGAGCACUCUGAGCUCGACAUCCUAGACUCCCUGGACCUGGCAGAUGCCUCUCCAGCUGUGCGAUUAAAAGAGCUCCUCCUAAACCACGACGAGGACCCUUUUACAACACUGGUCAACUUGCUAGAAGGACGAAUAGAAGAAGGACAUGGCGAGACUAUUUUUGAAAUUGGGUUCGAGAACAAUGGAGAGUCUAUGGCUUUGACGAAAGAUGAGUGGGAUGUUGCUGUCAAGAGACUAAAGGAAGCUGCGAAGGAAGUACGGUCGGAUUGCCAGGUUCUACUCACGAAACACGUUGGUGGGGAGGAGGAAGCAGAGAGUGCGGCCAACGAGAAGGAGAAGGAUUGCAGUGGGAAAAUACUGGUCAGACAGCACCCAGCAACUGUGGAAGAGGUUGUUGAGACUCGAAUAGCAGUCGUGGGAAAUGUUGAUGCUGGGAAAAGUACCAUGUUGGGAGUCUUAGUCAAAGGAGGUCUGGAUGAUGGACGAGGGAAAGCUCGUGUCAACCUUUUUCGCCACAAGCAUGAGAUUGAGAGUGGAAGAACUAGUUCCGUCGGAAUGGAGAUCAUGGGGUUCGACACUCUGGGCAAGGUUAUCACCGCUGAAGUCCCUGGGCGAAAACUCUCUUGGGAGGAGAUUGGCAAACGCGCUGCCAAAGUCAUCACUUUCACUGAUUUGGCUGGUCAUGAGCGUUACCUUCGAACCACAGUCUUUGGGCUCUUGUCAUCAAGCCCGAAUUACUGUCUACUGAUGGUGGCUGCCAACAACGGUCUCAUUGGUAUGAGCAAAGAGCAUUUGGGUAUCGCCUUGGCUCUGAAUGUCCCAGUCAUGGUUGUGAUCACCAAAAUUGAUAUCUGUCCGCCACAAAUCUUAGAGCAGACUGUGCAGCAAAUUACCAAGAUUCUGAAAAGUCCUGGAGCGAGGAAAAUCCCUAUAUUCAUCAAGAAUAAGGAAGAGUGUAUCAAUACCGCUACUCAGUUCGUGUCCCAGCGGAUAUGCCCUAUCUUCCAAGUCUCCAAUGUCACAGGAGAGUCUCUGGAUCUCGUACGAGCAUUCCUUAAUAUUCUCCCACAUCAUGGCCACUACGAUGCUGAAGCUCCAUUCGAGUUCCACGUCAAUGAUACAUUUUCGGUGCCAUUCGUUGGUACCGUUGUUUCUGGUAUCGUCAAAAGCGGAGUCAUUCACGGAGGCGAUACGGUCUUGAUCGGUCCAGAUUCCCUGGGCCAGUUCACAACUACCAGUAUCAGAUCCAUCGAGCGGAAACGAAUACCAGUGCCAGCUGCAUCAGCGGGACAGUCUGCGUCUUUCGCGCUGAAACGUGUCAGGCGGAAAGAUGUGCGAAAGGGGAUGGUAGUCUUGCCAAAACUUGAGCAGAGCGCUCCCAAGGUGUACCGAGAGUUCGUCGCUGAAGUCCUCAUCCUCUCACACGCAACCACCAUUAAAACCAAAUACCAAGCUAUGCUCCAUGUCGGCCCAGUCUCACAGACCUGUGCGAUCAUCGACAUUGAUCGCCAGUACAUCCGAACUGGGGACCGAGCACUCGUCGCAUUCCGCUUCGUCCAGAGACCGGAGUACCUCGCUCCAGGCGACCGACUUCUCUUUAGGGAAGGCCGGACGAAAGGUCUAGGGAUCGUGAAAAGUGUCGGGUAUGACUUUACUAAGCCACUGAACCCCGAUGCUGUUAAGGAUCAGAACGGCAAAGUUGGCGGUAAUUGGGAGGAGGGGCAGCCUGCUGAGGAGCAGCUUGGGCAGGCUGGAAGCAGGGCAUGA